AUGAGUCCAGACUGCUGGAGUGAAUCCGAGCGCUGCCACGCGAUUCUCCGUACAUGCAGAGUACCUUACAUCGAGAUCGUACCCAACACCCACUCCUCGGCGCCUCGCCCACCUCGCAGUUUGCUCCUAUAUCACGUCGCUAAGGGUCAUACUCUGGCAAAGUUUGUUCCUGUGGUUGUCGAACAGGAGCAAGAGGAUAUGGUCAGGAAUACUCCACUACGCCCAGCAAUGAACGUCGAAACCACUUCUCAGCUAGGUUUAUGGUGGUGGGAUACUUCAAUGCCGUUCGAUAGAUCAGGAUUGACGACCAUGGAGAAUCCGUCCGUUAUGGUGGUUCGGCCAAAUGGCGGGACACCUGGUGCUGCGACUGCGCUCGAGGAGUAUGAAACCCGAUACUUCGGGCGACCCAUAGGCCACUCACUCUUCUUGAUAUUGGAAGAUAACCCCGGAAUCAUCGGGGUAAGUAUCUGA